AUGCGUCGGAUCGACUGGCGCAUUCUGCCGAUUAUGUUCUUUACCUAUUUCCUGCAGUUUGUCGACAAGGUUUCGUUGAAUUAUGCCAAUGUGAUGGGUCUGCAGGAGGACCUAGGGAUGAGUGGGAAUGACUUUUCGUGGCUGGCGACGGCGUUCUUUAUUGCGUAUGCUGUGGCUGAAGUUCCUCAGGGCAUCCUGCUCCAACGCUUCCCCAUCACCAAAGUCCUCGGCGUCAAUGUCUUCUGCUGGGGCGUGCUGCUGUGCUGCUCGGCCGCCGCGCAGAACUUUGCCGGCAUGUGUGCGGUGCGCACUCUGCUGGGCAUGCUGGAGGCAGUCAUCGCCCCCGCCUUGACCAUGUACACCAGCAUGUGGUACACCCGCGCCGAGUCCACGCCUCGCUACGGGCUCUGGUACUGCGGACUGGGCAUGGGCCAGAUCAUCGGCGGCCUGAUCUCGUUCGCCGCCCAGCACGCCCCGGCCAGCAUGACCUUCCACGGCUGGCGGAUCAUGUUCGUGGUAGUCGGGAUCGUCAACGUGAUCGCCUCGAUCCUAGUGCUGUUCGUGCUGCCCGAGUCGCCCGAGAAGGCCAAGUUCCUGACGCCGACGGACCGCGAGCGCAUCGCCCAGCGGCUGCGGGACGACCAGGCCGGCGUGGGCGACAAGGUCUUCCGCUGGGGGUCGCUGGUCGAAGCGUUUGGCGAUCUCCAGACGUGGAUGCUGGUGAUGCUGACGAUCUUGAUUACCAUCCCCAGCGGCGUCAUCACCACCUUCUCCUCCAUCCUGAUCCUCAACUUUGGCUACACGUCCAAGCAGAGCGCGCUGCUGAACAUGCCCUCUGGUGUGGUCAGCAUUGCGGCGACCAUGCUGUCGUCCUAUGCGAUUUCCAAGGGCUACUCGCGGUGGAUGGCGAUUGACGUGCUGCUGAUCCCGACGCUGCUGGGGUCGUGUCUGAUGUCGUUUCUCCCGAAGGAUAACCAGGGCGGGCUCCUGGCGGGUAUCUACAUGGUGAACACGACGGUGGCACCUCUGGCCCUGAUCUUCGCGUGGACAGGCGCCAAUUUCAAAGGCUACACUAUGAAGGUUUCGGGGAGUACGCUCGUCUCCGCCGGUUUCAGCAUUGCCAACAUUAUCGGACCGCAGACCUUCCAGGCGAGAGACGCUCCUGCGUAUGAAUACCCCCUUGUACAGCUUCUCGGUCAUCCUAACUUCCCCAGGUACAUCCCAGCCAAGAUCACCAUUGUCGCCGUCAACGCCGCCGCCAUCGUCAUCUCCACAGGCCUGCGUGUGCUGUACGGCUACCGGAACAAACGGGCAGACCGACUGGGCACGCCAGCACGCAGCCGGCUGGAGGCGAAGCUGGCGCAGGGCCGCGCGGGCCAUGGCGAUGUGCACGACGACCAAAAGCAAAAGCAAAGCGAAAUGAACAUCCUAGUCACCGGCGCCAACGGCUUCAUCGCCGCCCACUGCAUCGCCCUGCUCCUCCGCGAGGGCCUAACAGUGCGGGCCACCGUGCGCUCAGCGGCCAAAGCGGCCGCAACCCGCGCCGCGCUGGCCGCUGCGGGGGUCGCCAAUCUCUCGCAGUUGGAGCUGGUCGUCGUGCCGGAUCCGACGGACGCCGCCCAGAUCCGCCCCGCCGUGGCGGGCUGCCAGGGCGUGCUGCAUCUGGCCAGCGCGUUCACGUACGACGCGGCGCCGGGCGAGUUCGAAGCGAAGCUACUGCUGCCGGCGCUGAACGGCACGACAGCCAUCUGCGAGGCGGCGGCGCAGGAGCCCACCGUGCGGCGACUGGUAAUCAUGUCGAGUUUUGCGGCCGUGUAUGAUGCCGCGAAGGGGCUGCAGCCGGGGCGGGUGUAUACCGAGCAGGACUGGAGUCCGCUGACGUAUGAGGAUGGGCGGGAUGCGCCUGUUGUGCCUGCGGCGUAUCGUGCUUCCAAGGUCGUCGCCGAACGCGCUGCCUGGGACUACGUCCGCGACCACAAGGUGCCGUACCAGCUGGUCACGCUGUGUCCCGGCAUGGUCUUUGGCAAGAUGAUCCACCCGAUUGAGUCUCUGGCGCAGCUGAACGCCAGCAACCAGAUCGUCUGGGAGGUGCUGAAGGGGGAGGCUGGGAUUCCGCCCACGCGGGCGCCAGUGUGGAUCGACGUGGAGGACUUGGCUAUGACCUCCUACAAAGCCCUGACGGUCGAGCUGGCCGGCCAUGAGCGCUUCCUCGUCACGCAGGACUCGUACGACACGCAGCAGAUCGCGGAUAUCGUGCGCGCCGCCCUGCCCAACAAGCAGAGUCGCAUUCCCGUCGGCGAGCCUGGCAAGCGCAUCCGCGAUACGCACUACUCGUGCGACUCGAGUAAGGCGCAGAAGAUGCUGGGGGUCAAGUUCCGGACGCUGGAGGAGAGUGUGGUGCCGCUGGCGCGGCAGCUGUAUGCUAUGGAGUAA